GUUUUGCUUCAUGACGUUCAUAACGUAAAACGUCCAUGUUUAUCACAAAGAGAAAUAUACCAGAAACUUCGAAUUUCUGUCUUUGAAAUGAAAUAAAAUUCGUCAUUACUGAAUGAAGCGUUAAAUAUAACAUUUAAUCGUUAAGUGUUAGCUAUAUUUCAAAACGAAUGACCGGAUAUGUGUAGUUUAAUUUGAGCUAAUGGAGUUGUUGAACAGAGCAGCCACAGAGCAACAAUGAACAGAUUUUGUUCUCGACGUUUCUGAUAAAAUUAGUGAGUUCGGCUUCGUCCCGCAGGAUGCUCCGAGAGUCGUAUCCCUUCGCGGAGGACAGUUUCAGCCGCUUCCCGUCGCAGAGUAACAUUUACGGACUGUGUCAGGCCGGGGAGCAGGAGCUGUUGGCGGCCACCCUCAAAGGGAAGGUACUGUGUUUCAGAUACCAGGGGCUGGUGCACAAAAUCCGGCCCGUGGCCAAGGAGGUCCAGUUCACCUACAUCCCAGUUGAUGCGGAGAUUGUCUCAAUUGACGCCUUCAACAAGUCUCCACCCAAAAGAGGCCUGGUGGUGGGCAUCACGUUCGUAAAGGACUCUGGGGACAAAGCCACGCCGUUCCUGAAUAUCUACUGUGACUACGAGCCGGGCUCAGAGUUCAACCUGGAGUCCAUUGCACAGAGUUGCCUGAAUCUGGAGUUGCAGUUCACGCCCUUUCACCUGUACCACACAGAAGUGCAGUGUGAAGAUGGAGGCAGAGAGACAGUGUUCCUGCUCAGCGGCCAUGACCAAAGGAUCCACCUGUACAAGGAGAACGCCUCCCUCCACCAGUUUGAAGAGCAGCCAGUGGAGAGACUCUUCCCUGAACUACAACAGCUGCCCAGCAAUGUGCUUUGGCUGGAUAUGUUGAGUAUAGCCGGUGGCCGGCGGCUCUCAGCGUUUGGCUGUCAGAAUGGCUGCGUUGGACUGGCUCUGGUCAAGCAGACGGGCCCAGAGGUUAUGCAGAGCUGGCGCUUCCAGUUCGACAGUCCGAUCUCUUCCGUGCUGCUGUUCCCUCUGUGCUGCCAGGCCGAGCCCAGCCAGGCCAAGCCCAACCAGGCCGAGCCCAACCAGGCCGAGCCCAACCAGGCCAACGGAGAGCAAAGUGUGGAAAUGGAAAGCUACAACCUCCUAGUAACAAGUACUAUAGAGAUGGCAGUUGUCUACAGAGAUGUCCAGGAGCAAGGUCUGUCUCGCUCGGUGUGCCUCUCAGAGAGUGACCAGUGGGACGCUGUGCUUUGUGCUCUGGUCAUUGACCUGGAUUUUGACGGGCAGAAGGAGGUGCUGUUGGGAACAUACGGGCAGGAACUUCUUUGUUACAAAUUCCAGCCGGCAGAGAGAGGACAAGAUGGACAGUUUCAGCUGCAGUGGAGGCGGAGCUUCAAGAGUCCUUUGCUGUCCAUCAUCUACUUAGACUUGACUGGGGACGGUCUGAGAGAGCUGGCUGUCCUCACACUGAAGGGACUGCAUAUCUUACAGCAUUCUCUCAGCAGCACUGCUGAUUUGGUCCUGGAGCGGCUCGCCCUCAGGGUGUCAGCCCUCACAGUGGGCUCCGAGCUGGAGUCAGCCAGAGCACAAGACAUUGAGGAGAAGGAUGCUCCCGCUAAGACAGAGGAGAGUGCAGCUCACACACCACCGACAUAAGAGAAACAACGCGUUGUGUUUCCAUGUGGAAGUCCUGACGAUUCAGGGUUUCCCCCAGAAAAGUUGUUAAAGCGUAACUCACGCCAAAAUGCAACCUAGGGUCUUUUUGUGAAUGUACCUGAGUCAAACUUUUUUUGGAGGGGGGUCACUUUAGACAUUGAGCACCAGGCUUACAAUACACAGGGGGAAACCCUGAGACUGAAGUGUUUGCCUUAUUUACAAGUGGGAAGUGAAGGAUUUUCUCAGAGGUGCAUAUACCUGAACAUUUAGUUGUGACGCUAGUUACAAAAUGCAACAUCACAUUAGCCACUAAAAACAGAAACACUCUGCGUUGUGGUGGGAUACUGAAUGUAGGUGUCAGUAAAAGGGAGUGUGUGAAGAGCUGACAUUAAGGAGCAGAUGUGCUGUAGAUUUGAUAAUAAAUCCCAUCUGGGUUUAAACAC